AUGGUACAUUCGAAACAACGUAUCCGCGGUGUCUCCCCGCCCCGGGAGGCGGAAGGGGAAACUCACAGUGACCAUCACCACAUCGACAACCUGGCGGACUGGUCGGUAGCUACUGCAGGAGAUACGCUGCUACAUAAUGCGGAAUGGGUGGCAGGUGGUAAUAGUAAUACGCGCACGACUUUCAGGCCCAAUGUCAACAUGCAGCAAAACACUAUACGUACGGUUACACCUGAACCAGGCGAGAACGGCCAUGCCCCGGACACAAACAACAUCGCACAAGUGACCCGGGGGUUUGGUACCGCCUCUCCCCAGCAGAGCUCGCCUAGAUCCAUACCUGGCGGAGAAAGGAGGAGGCAAGGAAUGGUAUUUAAUGAUGCCUUUAGCGAAUCCAUGGACAGCUCCUCCUCGAGCCCGCCCAAGCAGCAUCAGAAGGCUGUCCCUCUAAGGCCACGCACCCAUACCAUGGACGGUGCGAUUGCGCAACGACAACAGGCCUCGUCCUCCCAAUCUGAUAGUCGGCAUAGAGUGGGAUCCUUCUCCUCAUCGAGCUCCCAACCAUUUCUAGACAUCGAAGUGCGCACCCCUCCGACUGUGCUAGAAUCGGUGGGUUAUCCGUCCGUUGCACCAACCAGACCGCCCGAUCUAAAAAUUACACCGUCGUCAAGCAAGGAGAAAAAGUCGUCCAAUAGGCGUCUCAUCAAACGUGGCGGUACUUCUCGACCUACAUCUCCCCUAGUAUCCCCGCCGCCCUCUGUAGAUUCAUUACCGCUCCCGGUCCCUACAGACGAUGCGAAUAGGAUUCUCCUACUGAUGAAGACUUUCUGCGGCCGAAUGAAGGGAGAGGUCGAAUACCAAAACGAGCCAAAUGGCCCCUGGUACUCGGGGACCUGUUAUAUUAACGAAGAUCAAGGUAGUCUUCUAUUCGACUCCGGCCAGAACGGGCCAUUCCAUUUUCCAGUGGUCGCCGACUUGCGCGGCUGCAGGGUUCUACCCGCCGAAGGUCCAGACAACAAAGGAAAAUGUCUAGAGAUUCUAAACAAUAAGAUGGGCGUGGAACUUUUACUUCGGCCCCUUUCAGCUGAAGACUUCGAUUACUGGCUCGCUAGCUUACUUUGCUGGCAACAACUACGUCCUACCGCAGUGAGGUUCGCCAACGGUAGAGGUGCCAAUCCCCCUAGCUCUGGUCGAACUGAAAUGAGGCGGCGAGGAUCUUCGGCCGCCGGUGGUCCGUCUUCGAAAGAUGCGGCCAUCAUCAAAGUUGGCAAGGUGAUGCUUUGGGACAAAGGUACCGCUAUGUCACCUCGAGCGAUCGUGAAACGGCCAUCGACUCGAGAUCUUCGUUCGGGUAUGACAUCGUGGAGGCGGGUAUCUUGCAUCCUUCAAGAUAAUGGCGAAUUUAAACUUAUGACCGAAAACGACGUAGCCGUGCUAUCAAUCAUCGAAUUGUCACAAUUAUCCCGUUGCGCAAUACAACAACUGGAUAGAUCAGUCUUGGACGAGGAAUUCUGCAUUGCCAUCUUCCCGAUCUACUCGUCCGCGUCGAGACAACUAUCUAUAUUCCGGCCCGUGUACCUUGCUCUAGAUUCUAGGGUUCUCUUCGAGGUCUGGUUUGUGCUUCUGCGAGCGUUCGCCGUCCCUGAUUUAUACGGGGUCAAGGCGUCUACAGACCAGGUCACCGAGGUGGAGGAGUUCGACAAAGAAUUUGACGGGCAACUGUUCCGCUUAGAGAAGACAAUUCAAAUUAGAGUCACUGAGGCUAAGAUAAGGAAACAGAGCCCGACCCUCGAGCACCACGAUCGCCAUUCUAAAGAACGUGAUCCUUUAAUUGGCAAUUACCUUGCCGAAGUCAUUUUAGACGGCGAGGUUCGGUCUCGGACAACGACACAAUCUGACACGAAGAACCCAUUUUGGCGAGAAUUUACCCAAUUUACCGAAUUACCUACUACAUUACCUUAUUUAUCUGUUAUCUUAAAACGAGUCGACGGAAAUUUAGAAAGCCUCAGUCAUCAAGUACAAGCGUCUUUAGGCCUCCCAAAGACUGGCAACCUAACAGAAGUUCUAUGCGGAGCGGUGGAUAUACCCCUUGAUAAGUUAGAGCGUGGAAAGGAUCAUGAACAAUGGUUUCAAGUCUGCGACGAGAAGCAAGAAAGUAUUGGGAGCAUGUUCGUCAAAGUUAAUCACGACGAACUUGUUGUACUCGCGGAAAAGAAUUAUGAUGCGCUGUCUAUACUUCUGCAUAAAUUCAGCGUCGGGUUGACGAGCCAAAUCGCAUUAGCCGUACCCUCCGCUAUGCGACGACUCGCGGAGCUAUUCUUGAACAUCUUCCAGGUAUCAGGGAGCUCAAGCGAAUGGCUCAUGGCCCUCGUUGAAGAAGAAAUCGACGGGAUUGGAAGUCAGAACAGCGUGAAGAGACUACGCUUUAGCCGGCGAUUAAAGUCAAACGAGUCUUCAAAUUCUGCGAGCGACCGAGAUCAGCUCGUCCGUGACAUGAAGUCCCUAGCUGGAGAGGCGAACCUUCUAUUCCGAGGCAACACUCUACUCACCCAAGCUUUAGAAUUCCAUAUGCGCCGCCUAGGAAAGGAAUUCCUGGAAGAGAUCUUGGUAGAAAAGAUUUUCGAAAUCAACGAACUCAACCCGGACUGCGAGGUAGAUCCAAGCAGAAUUCAACAUGGCGACGAAAUGCAUUCCCAUUGGAGCCAAUUAAUACAACUAACUACCGAGAUAUGGGAAUGCAUCGCCGACUCCGCGACUAAGCUACCACUUGAACUGCGGCAGAUCCUGAAAUACGUCCGAGCUGUUGCGGAAGACCGGUACGGCGACUUUCUUCGAACUGUCAAUUACACAAGCGUCUCGGGAUUCUUGUUCCUUCGUUUCAUUUGCCCAGCAAUAUUAAAUCCAAAGCUCUUUGGGCUCCUACGAGAUAACCCGAGACCUCGAGCCCAACGAACAUUAACGCUCAUAGCGAAAGGUCUCCAAGCGCUAGCAAAUCUGUCCACGUUCGGCAAGAAAGAGAGCUGGAUGGAGCCUAUGAAUAGGUUUCUGAGUAUCCAUAGGCAGCCAUUCAAAGACUACAUUGAUCAGAUGUGUUCGAUACCAACCGAGCGUAACAUUGCAUCUGUUCCCGCCUCAUACUCCACCCCCGUUACGAUCCUCGGUCGCUUGUCACCAAUAUCCCGAGAAGGUUUUCCCUCCUUGCCGUACUUGAUUGACCAUCCUAGGAAUUACGCCGCAUUGGUUAAACUUUGGCUCGAGUCAAGCCACAAGUCAAAUUCUACGGAUCCUUCGGAUUUUGACGCGGAACUAGCGGAAUUUCAUGUGAUAUGCAUGGACCUGCAGAAGCGAUCCGACGAAUGCCUUGCUAGGAUUGAAUCGCUUCGCAUGGCAGAGGACGAAUCGGUAGCUACAGAAGACCUAGCCGACGCGGUUGAAAAGUCGGCACUUCUGGACACGGUCAAUCUCACAUAUGGGAACUCGGCAGCGUGGAUGGACAACGAUCCGUACCGCGCGCCAGGCUCGUCCGGUAGCGAGCCGGAGAGUAGCGAUCGAUCGGCAUUCAGGAACUUCGGAAGAGAGGGGAGACGUCAAGUAUCAGAAGCCAUAGAUCUAGCGAAUCCGAUGGGGACAAUACGGGCCAAGGCCGGACAAGUGAGAAACCCACGAACCUUUUUGCAUGGCCUGAUCGGUGGUGGCAAGAAGGAAAAGGGGAAGGAUGCGGCCGGUUCUCCCUCGACGGUGAGAGAAAAGAGCAGAGAUAAGGAGGAGAAAACCAGCAGGAGUCUUCUAGGGACCUUUUCGGAAUCCUGGCAGAGCGAUACCAGCUCGAGGCACUAG